AUGAAGACUCUGCUUUUGCUUAUAUAUAUCAUUGGUAUAGCCAUUGCUUCCCCGAUCCAAAGAAGUGGAAUUCUAUUCAGGAGCAGCUAUGAGGGCAAUAUUAAUUCCAUCGGUGCAGAUAAAGGAGUCUUAAAGACCAGCUCUGCCAUUGCGAAUGGGAACCAGCAGAAUGGAGAUGAGGGUCACCAGGGAGGAGAAAUAUUUCUGGAUCUCACCAAAGACUAUGCCAUUGCUGAAGAAGUUUCUACAGCUGAUCCUAUCCGUUCCCAAGGGGGCUAUCCGCACGAAACCGAGAGCCUGCUGCUCCAUGAGGACAACAGCUUUUUGCUGGCCAAAGGCAACCAUCAGCCCAACAGAGAAAAAACCAGGGAGACAAUUGUUGAAUUUCCAACAGAGAAAGAGGUUGACAGCCAGGAUGUAGCACUUCUUAAAAAGAUUAGCAAUGCAGAACAAAAUGGCUUGCAGCAUUUGAGAGAGAAGAAUGCAGUUCAUGGUCCAGUGUUGACCACAGGGGAGUCCAUCGUUUCGGAUCUGUUUGCUGGCAAACAUCUGAACAGCUACCAUUUCAGCGAUGAAGGCAUGCAAGGAGAUGACCCAGGUUGUACUGAUGACUCUGAGUCUGGUCAGCAGGUGGAGAGCCAGAGUAAUUUCAGUCAGCAGCCUGGAGAACCAAAUAGUUCAAGUGGUUCAAAUGAGGAAGAGGUGAAACAGGCCAGCCCUUCAGGGAACUCUGGAAGCCCAGAGUACUCCAGUGGGUCCCCUGACUCCAGCACCUCCAGUGAUUCUAGUGACUCCAGUGAUUCUAGUGACUCCAGUGAUUCUAGUGACUCCAGUGAUUCUAGCACCCCCAGUGACUCCAGCAGUUCCAGUGAUUCCAGUGACUCAAGCAGUUCCAAUGACUCUAGUGACUCCAGCAGUUCCAGUGACUCUAGUGACUCCAGCAGUUCCAGUGACUCUAGUGACUCCAGCAGUUCCAGUGAUUCCAGUGACUCCAACAGUUCCAGUGAUCCUAGUGACUCCAACAGUUCUAGUGAUUCUAGUGACUCCAGCAGUUCCAGUGACUCUAGCAGUUCCAGUGACUCUAGUGACUCCAGCAGUUCCAGUGACUCUAGUGACUCCAGCAGUUCCAGUGACUCUAGUGACUCCAGCAGUUCCAGUGACUCUAGUGACUCCAGCAGUUCCAGUGAUUCCAGUGACUCCAGCAGUUCCAGUGACUCUAGUGACUCCAGCAGUUCCAGCGACUCUAGUGACUCCAGCAGUUCCAGUGAUUCCAGUGACUCUAGUAGUUCUGGUGACUCUAGUAGCUCCAGCAGCUCCAGUGACUCAAGUAAUACUUCUGAGUCUAGUGAUUCCAGUGACUCCAGUGAUUCUAGCAACUCUUCUGACUCCAGUGACUCCAGUGGACAAAGUGAUUCCAGCAGCUCCACUGAUUCCACUGAUAGUUCCAAUGACAGUAGCACCUCCAGUGACUCUGGCGAUUCCAAUAAUUCUAGCACUUCCAAAUAA